AUGAACACCUCACUAGAACCUGACUCGUAUACGAUCCGCCGACUUGAACAUGCGACACCCGAGCAUCUUCAUGCAACUGCCCGCCGCACGUUCAUAGGUCCGAUCCCUGAGGGCUGGUUGAAGAGCCAUAGGAAGCAGUGGUAUAGAGGUUAUGUCUCGAAAAACGCGAAUAGAGCGCCCACGUUCACAGCAGCACAACCAGUAGCAGAGCGGGUCCAGGCACAGCAGACUACUUCACCCGGACCCAGACCUUCUAGCCAAAGUGCAGCGGCAGAUACGACAGCGAGUACGACGAGCUUACUACAUGAGCAGCAUAACAUUGCCACCCCAGAGGCGACCAGGAAUGCGAGCAAGCAGGGUACAGAGCAGGCUGUCCCGGGACACAAUGAUGGCGGACCUAUAAUGAAGCGUCCCACUGAUCUGCUGCGCAUCGGGACUUUCGCAAACAAAGUCGCGGGCAAUGUGCCAAGGGUACGCUUCAGCGAGUCCACAAAGCUGCAACUGCAGCAGCGUGCGAGACGGCUAGCUGCGAAGGGAAACUUCAAAUGGAACCGGAUUCAGGACGGCGAGGUGCUGAAGAUGGACCGCAUGCUGCUCCGGACAGAUGUCACGAAGCAGAGUGUCGGCGCGGACUUCGACGAGAGAGUCAGCCAAGGUGUGGUAUCCCAGCAACUGGACAAAUGGCGGGAGUUCAUGGUGGUAUGCCGGAAGCAGACCGAGGACGAUGCGGACGCUGUGCUGCAAUUGUACGAGACACGGGUCAUUGCAGCCUCGGCAGCAGACAGAGGUAAAGCGAAGAAGAAGCCAAAAGUACAGGUCCCAAUGAGCACGACCCGAGCACAUGUCAACUUGUUCUCAAGUCUGGACAAAACCCUGUGUAUCUGGAUCCGAGAGAAGGGACGGACCACGAUCUACUACCUGCGCGCACAGUCUGGAGCGGCAUCUGUCGAGUGGUACACCUUCCUCCGUGGUGUGCUCGGCUUCAAGCGACCCAAGACCCUACAAGUCAAUGUACCAGAUCUUAGUGUGACGUUGCGCCUCGAUGAUCCCUUUGGAACGGCCGAAGCUAAGAAAGUACUGGCCGAUGCUGCCGAAGGCAACGAGGAAGCGUUGGCGAAGACCAUGAAUGACGAAAAGGGUGCUGCUGGAGCUAUUGUCGCGCGAUGUAUCAAGAUGCUAGCACAGUCACCUGAAUGGGCAGACGUGCUGAAACAUUGGUCCGAGCACGACCGCAUCGGCCUGGCAUGGAAACGUUAUGAUAGACUUGAAUGGAUAUAUGGAGCGGUGGAGCAGCGUAUGUACGGCACUAUCGCCAUGGCGAAGACGCAUGAGCUCGAGUUGCGCCCGAAAGAUCAUUAUCCGAGUAUGACAAAGACACGAAAAGGCGAGACCCUAGAGGAGCCAUCACCUGUGGAAGGUUUCCUCAUUCGCUUGACAUCUCAGAAGGGACAAGAUCGGCGUAUGGGCAAGAUGCUGUUCAAACGGCUUUACUUUACCACACACAACCAGUAUCUAUGCUUCUUACGUCCUUCUAAUGCUACGCCUCCACCACCACCGAAGCUUACAGUAGCCGCUAACGGCAACGUGCCUUCGAGUAAGCAGUUGGCUGAGCAGUCACCACUCACAUACGAUGUUGACCCGUAUCCAUUGCAAGGACAUCACAUCUCAUGGUUGGACGAAGAGGGCACAAAGUCUGCUUCUGAUCAGAGAGCCCACGAUGGAGAAGCUGCAGCCGAAGCCGAUCGGAAUUUGCGAAUGAUCAUGAGCUGCGAUGGCUUCAUCAGCCUGUGCGAUGUGAAGCGCGUCCGGAAAAUGCAUCGUGGCGCUGCGGCAGCGGACCAGAACUUGGACGAGGGAAGCGAUGUUGAAUUCAACACGGCUGAUGAGCGACAGUUUGGCCAGAAUGACAGUCUACGUGAUGACGGCGCCACCACUGAGGUAGACGACGAGCGCACCUUCGAGCUUGUGAUGGAGAAUGGCCUCGUCGUCCGACUACAAGCCUACAACAAAGAAGCCAAGCAAGAAUGGAUGUCUCGUCUCCGCCAGCUUGUGAAAUACUGGCACCACCGCGCAAAAGCCGACAUUGACCUCUUCAAGAACGUCCGACAACAGAAUCUCGAAGCUCUGAACAUUGACGAACGCGCCGAAGCGACUGUCGGUAGCUUCGCAUAUAAAUGGGAGGUCAGCCAGAGCUAUGCUAGUCCGACUAUGUACAAUCUCUGCGGUAUAUCCCAAUGCCGUACGGUCCAUCUCUCAGGCCUACUGUUUCGGAAGCCAAGACGGCAUACGACGUUCACUCGUUGCCACGUCAUCUUGUCCCAUGGCCACUUGCUUAUCUUUCAAGACACAUUACGGAGAUGGAGCGGUAAGAAACUGGUGAAUAUCCACCACGAACGGAUCGGAAGCAUCGACCUCAAAGGUUGCUACCUCUACAGCGGUCUCCUGACCGAAAACGACCUCCUCUACCAAAAUCGCACCUUCGACUCAAACCAACCAGGCAACCACGCCCUACCCAGGGUCUACCUCCAAGACACCUGGACCAGCACAGACGAAGACGCCAUGACGACCUUCGUAAUUUGGCACGCGAAAUCGAAAUCCUGGUUCAAAAGCAGUCACUUCGUCGACGAUGUCCGGUCCUCGUCUACGGCUGCUAAUCAGCAAGAAGCGGCCGGGCAAGGCGGGUUACUUGGGAGGGGUUAUAAGACUAAGGAGAAGUUGACGAGGGUUAGUCAGCUCGGCACUACGGGGAGGAGUGUGGUUUUCAAGGCGAGGAGUCGGGCGGAGAGGGAUCAUUGGGUUAUGGGGAUUCAGGUUGAGAUUGAGAGGUUGGCUGCUAGGGAGGUGGAGGAGGGCGGGAGUGAUGUUAGGCUUGUUGGGGAGGAGCAGAAGAAAGUAUAG